GUGUUCAUGUGUGCCUGUAUGUAUGAUUGUGUGUGGGUGCGAACGUGCGUUUUUCCCUCUGUGUGUUUGUGUGUUUAUGUGUGUUUCAAAAAUGUGGCAAAGUGGAAGAAAUGCAUGAAAACGCACCGGCACACACUCACAGCAUCCUAAUGGGUUUCAGACAGAAAAGACAGACAAUUCAGCGCAUGGACAGGCUGCCACUAAGGAAUUCACCUAAGGUGCCCCCCUCCCUCCCCCCAAUAGGACAUUAUUUUAAUUUCAAUUAAGAACUAUAAAAAAAUCGAAAGCAAAAAGAAGACAAGAUUUCCUGUCAUGUCUCUUCGGACUGCUGAAUCGCUGUCAUUUGUUGAGUGUUUCGAGGAGAAGACGAGCGGACCACAUUAACGGGUCCAAACGCCAUUUAACGUUGGACAGCGGAGGCAAGUGGACUUUUCAAAUAGGUUUGCAUCUUUGAUAUGAAACCCGACGUUGUGAUACGUGCAUUGGCGUAUUAGGGCCAUCCAUAUUUCUUGGCAUCUAAUUUUUUCACCAGAGGAGUGAUAUAGCCUGCUCUGACGUCUGCAUCAGAUAUUACCCAGUGCUUUUUCAAUGUGCAUUUCCCCCUCAGUGACUUUGCGCUGAUCUACAUCAUCAUCAGCAGCAGCAACGGAAAAAAAGGGAAUGAAGAUUUCAUUUUUCUUUUUUUUAAACCCACCGCUCCCCUCCUGCCGACCAGCGUUUCCAGCUCAAACAAAUAUCUUUUAACAACAUCACGUUGUGGAAUAGUCUGGCGUCGGAGCAUCGCUGGAACCAUGCCUCUUCUGCAGAUUUGGACUGGGAAAUUUCAUCCACCAAUUUGAUCAACAAGAGGCUACUGCUCAGUCAUUCAUGCCAGUGUUUGUUUUUUUAAGGGGAAGAAUACUUGUCAUCACUUUUAAAAGUAUUGUGUAUGCUGUAUUUUGAGCAAGAUGUCUGAUCUUCUGGUGUUGGUCGAGGGGCUCUGUGACCUGCACGGAUUUCCAUAGCCGGGGAAAACAGCGGGGGCCAAUUACGAGAUUUUUUAAAUCGAGAAGCCUAUUUUAAUGAAGACAUCGCAUGCGUAGAUGUAGGCUAGUUUAUUCGACAUUUUUAAAAGGCAAUUAUUUUUUUAAUUGCCAGUUUUUACUGUGUGCAUUUUCUGGAGGGCCACUGGACUGGUUGGAUUAUAGAAACUAUAUAUAAGGAUUUGUGGAGAUGUUGGGUCGUCAAGAAGAUAAAUUAUGUGGAAUUUUCUGUGCUCUGGCGGCUUUGUCCUUCUUAUGCUUUGUUCAAAGCUCCUCCACUGGAAGCACCGGAAUGUCUGUGGCCAAGACCACCGUGGACAAGUUGCUGAAGGGAUAUGACAUCCGUUUAAGGCCUGAUUUUGGAGGUCCUCCAGUCAUCGUAGGUAUGAGCAUCAACAUAGCUAGCAUCGACUCCAUCUCAGAAGUAAACAUGGACUAUACCAUCACAAUGUAUUUCCAGCAGAGCUGGCGAGAUAAGCGUUUGGCCUAUGGUGAGCUGAACCUAAACCUGACUCUGGACAACCGUGUAGCAGACCAGCUUUGGCUCCCUGACACCUACUUCCUUAAUGACAAGAAGUCCUUUCUUCAUGGUGUGACAGUAAAAAACCGUAUGAUCCGACUGCACCCUGAUGGCACUGUCUUAUACGGGCUGAGAAUAACCACCACUGCUGCUUGCAUGAUGGACUUGAGGAGGUACCCUCUUGAUGAACAGAACUGCACCCUGGAAAUUGAAAGCUAUGGAUAUACUACAGAUGACAUCGUAUUCUUCUGGCAAGGAGGAGACAACGCUGUGACAGGCGUUGACAAGUUAGAGUUACCUCAGUUCUCCAUUGUAGACAUCCGCUUGGUGUCCAGGGAGGUCAGGUUUACUACAGGUUCAUAUCCAAGGCUUUCGCUAAGUUUCAGGAUUAAGAGGAACAUUGGAUAUUUCAUCCUGCAGACAUAUAUGCCCUCCAUCUUGAUCACCAUCCUCUCCUGGGUCUCCUUCUGGAUCAAUUAUGAUGCCUCUGCAGCUCGGGUGGCCCUGGGUGUGACAACGGUGCUUACGAUGACGACAAUUAACACCCACCUUAGGGAGACUCUCCCAAAGAUUCCGUAUGUGAAAGCCAUCGACGUCUACCUCAUGGGCUGUUUUGUGUUUGUGUUCCUGGCCCUGCUGGAAUAUGCCUUUGUAAAUUACGUGUUCUUUGGCCGGGGCCCUGCGCAACAGAAGAAAAUCAAUGAGAGGCUGAACAAAGCCAACAACGAGCGCACAAGAUACGAAGAGAAACGCCUGAGGGAACAGGACUCCAUUUCCGUGCCGUUUCAAACCAACACCUUCAGGUCAUUUACACAGCGAAGAAAUCUGUAUCUCGAGGAACAAAGAAAAGUUGGGGUGGAUGCUUAUGGAAACAUCCUCCUUACCACACUGGAGAUGAACAACGAAGUGAUGCCUUCUGACGUGGGAAGCAGCGUCAGUGACUCUCGGAAUUCAGUCAUGUCCUUCGACAGCUCCGGGGUCCAAUUCAGGAAGCCCAUGGCGCCCCGAGAUGGCUUCAGCCACCACUCGCUGGAUCGGAGCGCCAUGCGGAGCAGGGCCAACUGUCGGCUACGGCGACGCUCCUCCAAGCUCAAGUUGAAAAUCCCAAACCUGUCAGAUGUUAGCACCAUUGACAAAUGGUCCCGGGUCAUUUUCCCUAUCACCUUUGGAUUUUUCAACCUAAUCUACUGGUUGUACUAUGUGAAUUGAUGUGCAUCCCACUAGGAAUCAUGGGCCAUAUUUUGAGAGCACAUUAAAUUGGCUUUGAUACAGUUCCAAAAUAUGUAUACACAUAUACAAGUUGAACAUAUGUAUAUGCAUAUUUCUAUAUAUUAUAUUUAUAUAUACACAUGUGAAAUCUGAAGGACCUUUCUGCUGUACAAAGUAUUAAUAGGAUGACUUGAAUGUUUAAGAAUAAUUGUGAGCGAAGAAUUUCAAGGCUUUGAGUUUCUUUUUCCUCCUGAAGGAAACAAACAAACAAACAAACACGAGAUCCCACCAGGGGUUUUUGGAACUAAAGACUGCAUGAUAUUUUUGCUAAAAAAAAAACAAGAAAAAAGAGAGAGUGAAAGCUCUUGAGAGAGAAAAGAUGUCUCAGAGUCCCAUUGACUUUUUAUUGAUACUUAUUGUGAUCAAAAAUCCUCUACUGCAGCUUAUGAAAUCAGUGGUGGCUCGUCUGUUCAGGCAUCAGCUGAGUGAGAUCCUUGACACCCCGCCCCCCCACCCCCGCCACCCUCACCCAACCCACUUCCCACAACCCUCCCCCCCAUUACCCAUAGAUAACAUGCACGGAAAUCUCCGGUUCUACUAUGUACAGCAACCUUGUUUGGAUUAUGUGUUGUUCCUUGGGUUUUUUGAAGUGAUAUCGUUCUCUUUAUCAGACAUCAGCUCUGGCCUAAUGGUCUCCAUUAGAGGGCUGUGUGGAUGGGAUGUUUGACCGCCACAUUUCCGCCCAGAGUCAAUGCAAACUUGUGUUCCUUCUCUUCUCAUGUUAUUUUUAGAAACAUGUCUGGGGGGUGGGGGGGUCUUUUCAUUAUGGUUAAAAACAAGUGCUGAUUAUUGUAGAUAUGAUUUUGUCUUGAAAAAUACUGUGAUUUCAGAGAGUGUCAGAACAUGUUCUAGAGCUAGGGCAUUACGAGAUAAAAGAGUCAAAGGUAUGCAUUACUCAUUUUGAUUGUGUGAAAAAAAACAUAUUCUAUACAUUUUAUCAUUCAGAUGCUCAUGAAAGUAUACUUGUAGGCUACUGUUUAUUUCCUCCUAUUGAUUGAUUCACAUGCUCUUUAGAUGCAGAUUUCAUUGACGUCAUAUCCUGCUUUGUGUUUGCUUUUGUGAUUCGUUUGAACUUAUUCCACAGUGAAGAUGUGAGGACAUGUAUAUUCAAAAGAGUCAACAUAUCAGCCCACAGUUUGACCAGUUGUCAUUCAGUAUGCAGUAUUUCUUUGUUUGUUGAGCAUUUCUUCAGUGUUGGAGUCGCAGUUUCUGAAGGCAAGAUUAUUAGAUUGGGAUAGUAAUGGGCUGCCCGGGUAGAAGACGUGGGGAGGAGGAUUCAACAUUUCACACUCAGACUCAGUCAGUGCCAUCACACAAAUGCUCUGCACCCAGAGGAUCAGAGACAUCAGCUUAAUCAGGAAUGAUACAGUGAUUUUCGGGGAGAAAAUGUGUGAUAAAUAGCCAUGAAUUGAAAUCACGACCAAAAGGCCUAUAAUCCAUAUGCGUUGUUGUACACACACACACACACACACACACACACACACACACACACGCUGCAUUCAUUCAGGUUCAUUUGCAAAAGAAAAAAAAAAGUACUGUAGGACCUUGAUUCUUUUGGGAAAUCAGACUGGAUAAUCACAUGUUUAUAGGUUGUGGAAUCCAAAGCCACUAAAUAAAAGAAAUAAAAGUUAAAGAAAUAAAGACAAAGUCAGAGCAUUAGAUGGCUGAGGCAGAUGGACAGUGGCCAUUCUAGGGCAUUGUAGGGAAGACAGGAACGAGCAAAAAAACUAAUUUAAAAAAAUCCUCCCAUGCCUGUUUAGCUUCAGCUGAAGUGCAGAUCAGCAUCUUCCUCAGUGUCAUCUUCACUUCGGGCACAAACAGGCUCUACUGGGAGCAACAGGCUCUGAAACGCACACUAGCAAAUCUACCAUUGGGUCCGGUAGCAAAAAAAAAGUGAUUGGCUCAUUAGAAUACGCAGCGCAUUGGGCUCCCUGAGAAAUAUACAAAUGGAAAAAGAGGGAAAUUAUCAUACGCACCGACACAUGGGGACAAGAGGAAGAUGGAAGGGCUGCAGAGUAAUCCAUUUAUCAUCAGAAAUAUCCACUCCCCUCUGGAGCACAGGGCAUAGUAUGCAUGUCUUCAAAAAGGAGUACUGAUCAGAAACCAAUUUGUCUUCGUAAGUCAUAGUGAAGUUUGUACAGUGAUGUGGCCCGAGCUGUGAUCAGAGUUUAGUAUUUAUUUUUAUUUAAAUUCUAUGCAUCGUCGUCAUUGUACUGUAGAGGCAAAAGAAGAAAAAAGAAAGAACAAAAGAUCACUUUUAAAUAUCCAGUAAAAGUAUCUAAGAUGGUGAGAGUAACAUACUGAGCUGAGUUUUAUGUUUCUGUCUGCAGCUGAACAAUCUGUUGUUUGUCUCUCAGUCAAAUGUGAGGUCCAAAGGAUUACAUGACCAAAACAUAGUGAUUAGACCUAAAUGUGAAGUAAAGUUGUUGUUAUUUAUGAGGAAAGUGACAAUGAGUCAACAAGAGCCACAAUGAACUGAAUUAGCAGCGAAUAUUGUGUGAAAAUGGCCUCUGGGUUAAAGUUUUACCAUCUCCAAGCUCUGAAGCAGGUUUUGUUGUGUUACAUAGAGAAUACAUAUUCAGUAUUAUACUGCAGUUGACUGCUAGGAAAUGGUGGCACAUGUGAUAUUUGCCAAAUUCAGAGUUCUUCAAAAGUUGCCAAAUGGAAGUGAGUUUGAAAGUGAUUGAAAUGCAAUGAACUUGACUAGAGUAGCAUCAGUUGUUUCAACAUGCAGUCUUUCACACCUUGGUUAAGAAUGCCCAAUACCAGUUUUAAAAGAGUACUCCACUGAUUUAGCAUUGCACUCCUAUAACUUUGUUGCACUCACAAUAGACAGUAAAAAAAAAAAUCAGAAUCAAGUUUGAUGCAGCAGAACCAGAGAUAUCGUCUUUUUUUAUUCCAUGCAUUCUUUUUCCUUGUCAAAACCUGCCGCCUUUAUUACCCACAAUGCAACUCGGUCGCCAACAGUUCGGUUGGAAAUUGGGGUGUGCUAUGCUAGUAGUGACUAAUGUAGCCUUGAGCCACUAGCCUCAAGCAGAGAUGAGGAGCAGGCUGCAGAGGUCUGGCAAGCUUUUUUCUAACUUUACACCCCCAGAUUUUUUUUCAUUUUCAAACUUGUCGUCUUCAGCUCCAACUGAUGCUGACUUAAGUGACAUCACUUGAGGACAUUUAUCAGAUUUCGCACAGCUCCCUCUGGAGCCACAAAAGGCUUUAUACAACUUUUUUCACAUAUGCAGUAGUACUCCCCAAGACCUGUAAACAGACUUUAAUGUGUAAAAUCCCUUUUAACUUAUAAUAUACAUCCCUAAGAUAUGCAUGCUGCAAUUCUAACUGAGAAAACCGUUCUCAUUUGAGACGUCAAAUGUUAGAUGUGGACAGAGGCGUCUCAGUGGUAUUCAGAGGUGGUGAUUACUGAUGUGCACAUUCACCUUCAUGUUUCAGGUAACCUUGUCUUUUAGAAUUUUUGAACAAAACAAAAUAAAGGAAGGUGGUAGUAGUUAGUGGAUGAAUGCAAGGUCAUUUAAAUAAUACACUUUACAAAGUUUUUUUUUCAGCAUCAUUUCAUCCUGGUCUGCACACUAACAGCUUGUCAAACUGUUAAAAGGCAAUAUGAUGGAUCUUCACUAAGAGUUGAGUCAUACUGUGAGGCCAGAGGAUACUAUUUGUUCCAGUGCGAGAUGAGCACAUAUUGUUUGUAAAAAUGUGGGACUUAAGGCAAUCACAAGUGUUAUUUUAACUAAAUCAAUGGAACAUGUUCAACCAGAAAGAAGGCUAAUCCAUCUGUGGUUUCAAUGAAAUGCACUCACAUUUUGUAACGCAAACUAACACAAGUAUCAAAUUCUCAUACAGGUUGGUUUACUCCCAGAAAUGAAUACAAACAUGCCUUUUGAGGUAUUAACUUGUUUUUGUUGAAACAGUUGAUGCAUAUCUUUAGUGAAACACAUACAGAGGAGAAACAUUAGCAGCCCUUGCAUGCUUGCAGUAAAGUAUCACUCAUUUCACUCAGAACAUGUAUAACUUGCUUUCUGGACAUGAAAUCAGCACAUUCAUUCCAAAAGCUGUGAGGAUCUUCUGUUCUAUGCUUUCACUUUAGGAUAUUUGCUUAUACAAGAGAGAAAAUAGAUUUCUUUUGACACAUAUGUUCAAGGAGUACAGGAGGAGAAAAAAAAAAGUGUUGAACUGAUUUCAAUGUGAAUUUUCUUGCCUCUAGUGUAUAUGUGUAAUUACAUGUGAAUUGUACUGUAAAUAUGAUAUCUUUCACUUAAUAGUUCUUAAUGCAUGAACAAAAACAUGGCAGUUCGUAAUACCAGCUAGCCUCACUGCUAAUGGCAUGGACAGCUUCUCUAGCAUUGGCAUACUUCUGCAAACGAAACCUAAAAAAUGAAACACAAGAAAUACAUGGUGUGAACAAAAUAAUGGAGAAAUCAACGCAAAGUCCUCUCACAGUGAAAGCGUUUCUGGUGGCUCUGAGCUUGUAUUGGUUAACUUGUUCCCUCAAGAACAAGGCUAAUGCUAAUGCUGUUGAAGAUUCCUGGAAAUGACAGUGUGCAUUGGUUCACUGUCAGCGAAUGGGAUGGUGCCGUCUUGAAUGAAAUUCUCUACUUGGGCUUUCCCAUUUACCAUAUCCGAAUUUAGGAUUUGCAGGAGAUUUCAGCACAGUAUAGCUGCAGCGUUUACCUCAGCCAUCAACAAAUCACUGAAUUGUCCAUGAAUCUGCUGAAACAAUUAAGGGCAUGAUUGGCUAACUGGCUUAUAGAGGCUAGAGGAGCAGGAUAGCCUUAAGAAGGCGAGUGGAAUGUUCUUUCCUGUUCCUCAAUAAGACAGUUGUGUGCCCUUGAGCAAGGUACUUAGCCAUUUGCCCAUUUGCAGCUGCUCGCUUGCAAAUAAUAGAAGUCUAUGUCUGUGUGGGCUAGCCCCCGAAAGUAAAUAUGUUUAGCUAUGAGGGUAUUGAUAGCUAUGAGGGUAUUGAUAGCUAUGAGGGUAUUGAUAGAUAUGAGGGUAUUGAUAGAUAUGUUCCCUGGAUAUAUGUAAAGAUAGAAAACAGUUCCACAAAUGCCCCUUGGUUCUGUACAAGUAAAUUAAACCCAGUAUUGUAGUGUGAUUAAACUGUUUCGAGCAGUGCCAUAAUUACCAGCUGGGAUCUAAUAUGGUUAUAAGUUAUAAAUCAUGUCAUUUUUUGUUAAAAAUGUCAUGUCAGUCUUCAUGUUGGGGUGUUUCAUCUGGGAUUACACCACUCCCAAAAAAAAAAAAAAAAAAAGAUAUGCAUGAUGGGCUGAACCUGUGAACACAAACCUGUUCUGUGAGUUAUGAAUAGCACUGAGGCUGACCUCUAAUAAAAAAAAGAGUUGACCACAAACAUGCAAGAAAAUUUCAUCCACCAAACACCAGAACAAGGCUGACAGAUUCCUCACUGUUGGAAGAACUUUUGCUGGUGCAUUCAUUAUUUUGUCUGUACCUUGUAGGUUUUGUUUUGCAUGACCUGAGUUUUGAAAGGUUUAUUUUCGUAUAUUUUUACUCCACACCAUCCGAUUCAUCUCCACAGCCAGGAAAAGAAAGAUCCAGUGUUUACAUGCUCAAAUUGCACUUGUUUUACAGCCAGCUCUAUAAAUCUUGUGAAACAAACUGUUUGUAAAACUGGAGGAAAAAUGUAAACAUAGAACGUACAUCGUGUGAUUCAUGCGAAUCAUGAAUAUGUACUUCUAUACAAUGUACUUACUGUAAAUUACACAAUUUGGAAUAGAUGCACCAAGUGCAUGCUGUAGUUUUAUCAGGUUCAGCAUAAGCAUUAACAUCGAUCGCCCUUCAACUACAACAGAUGUAAAGGAUGCUCACCAGUAGCAUCUGAACGUAAGCCAUGUGAUUGCACACUGAGUGGGUGUUCCCUGUAUUUUCUCUUUAAUAAGUUGCCUCUGGUUAUGGUCUGUUGUCGAUUACUGUAUGAUGAUACUUGUAAGAAGCUGUGCUGAUUCCCAGUUACACAUCAGUAUACCUCCCCUCUUUGAAAGAGCAUACUGGGGAGACUAUCUCAUGUUUAACCAGUAGGUGAGAAAGAUUUUCCAACACUUUAUAAAAAUUGGCAUCAAAAAGAAAGAAACCCACAAGACCAACAGCCCAUUUAUUUUUCAAUAUAAAUUAGUAAAUGAUUUGAUUCAUUUCUGUGUUCAUUUCUGAUUUGUUGUAUUUGUUGCAUUUGUUAUGGAUUGUUAUUCUUACUGUUGUUGUUGUUUUAUCAUAAGAAGGAAAUGUAAUUCAUCUGAUAUACUGGCACUGGAAGAAAAAUGCAUUUGGUUUUUGUACUGUAAUUGUUUUGUUCACAUUGGGCGCUUAUUUGAUUCAGUUGUUUAAUAAGGUGUUUGAUUUCAUUUGGAGUAUCAGUACUCAUGGAAUCAACAUUUGUGUAGUAUGAAGUUGUAUUUUUUUUGUCAGUGCAAAUUAAUGUUAUAGUGUCAAUCAGCUUUUUUAGGUGUUUGAACAAAAUGUGUUUUUUACAAAUACAAGGUGUUCAAGUAUGUGGUAUAAAAAGGGUUAUCAUUCAAACAACAGACUUUUUACAAAUAAAGGCUUAUACAGUAAAGAAAGCUAAUGUCUUUUCAUUUGCCCUUUGAGGACUAAUAUACUACAUUGUUUCACGUUUUAUUAAUUUGUUUUCAGAUAUUAGUCCCCAAAAGGUAAAUAGCACACAAUGUUGCAAAAUAAGAGGAUAAAAUCAGGUUUUUACCAUUGCUAUUCCAGGCUGAUGUCAGAGCUCUCACCUCUUAGUUGGUGUCUUGCUUUUGAUAAGGACUGUUGGAUAUGAAGACAUUCUGAAAACAAAAUUUAAGAAAAAUCAAGAGUAUCUUCUUUUAAUUUGAUUACAAAACAUUGCGCGUUUAUGAGAAUAUACCUCCUUUCAUACCCUAUUCCCUGAAUAAAGACGCAAAGUGACUCCUGC